AUGAUUUUGUUUGGAGAACAAGCUAAGCUGACACGUCAUCGCAUAUCUUCUUCUUCUUCUUCUUUCUCCAGAGUCUUAUCCUUAUCCAUUCCAUCAAUUCUCUCUCUAUUCUCAGGUGUAAAGAUGAACAAAGGCAGCAGCUUUAAGCUGGACAACGAUUUCGAAAAGAGGAAAGCUGAAGCUGGAAGGAUCAGAGAGAAGUACCCUGACAGAAUCCCAGUGAUUGUGGAAAAGGCUGAGAAAAGUGAAAUCCCAAACAUUGACAAGAAAAAAUACCUUGUGCCAUCAGACCUAACAGUGGGGCAAUUUGUGUAUGUGAUUCGGAAGAGGAUCAAGCUAAGUGCAGAGAAAGCGAUCUUCAUAUUUGUAGACAAUGUGCUUCCUCCUACAGGAGAGAUUAUGUCAAGCGUCUACGAGGAGAAGAAAGACGAUGAUGGCUUCCUUUACAUUACUUACAGUGGCGAGAACACUUUUGGUGCUUCUUCUUCUAUCUAA